GUUCGCUGCCCUUCCACACGCCGCCAUCGCGCAGCUGAAAGUCGCCACGAUGCUGCCUCUCUUCCAGCUGCUCGCUCUCUCCCUGCUUUCACUGCCCGGUUCUGACGCGGUGUACACGGGCCAUCUGCAGCCUGAGAUCUCAAACGGCACCUUUCACCACUUCUUCGUUGCAGACGGCGACUACGAGGAGACCGAGGACCCGGAGAAAUGCCAGAUGCUGUUUAAGUGGCUGGACCGCUCGCCGUGUUUAGUGGAAGAGGACCGGGACUCGGUGAUCCGCAACGACUUCAUCAGCAUCAAGCAACAAGUCGAGGACUCGGCUCGGGUUCUGGAGAGUCUCGGCAGAAGCAUCGUAUACGAUCUGGACGGAGAUGAUACCUACAGCAAGUACCUGAGGAGAGAGAUCAGUCAAAUAACGGAGGCGUUUUCCGGUGUCGAGAAAUCGCUCACUGAGCUCGAGAUGAAAUUCAAGCAAGGUCAGGAGUCGGAGCAGAGAGAUGAGCAGGAGUUCACUAAGAAACUGAUGAAGCCCAUGCAGAGUGUGAGGAGCUCCCUGCAGGAGACAGUGGACAUCUCCUCCGGCCUCAAGGACAAACACGAGCUCAUCUCCCUCAUCAUCCGUAGCCAUGGCACCAGGUUAAACCGACUUAAAAACGACUACUUGAACAUUUAACCUAGUGAUCAAAGAAAACACUUUUCUGGUGGAAUAAGUUGCUUUAGCCUCUAAAAGGUUUGAAGUAUUAACCUACUGUGUCAUCAUUUAAAUUUAACUCAUACAGGAACAUGUGGGCUGGAAGGAUAUUUCUGAAGACAUCUCAGGAACAUUGUAGAUAAAUAAUUCUGAAGGAAAAAAAAAACAUCCUGGUGUUCUACAGGUACAAUGCAAAAAGCAUCAUGGACUGUUGAGACUAAAUUAUACAGCCACACUUAUAAGACGUAUUGUCUUAUUUAGUCAUUAUUAUUUAAAAUGUUACUUCCUACAAAUUUGUCAUUUUUUUAAUGCUUAUAAUGUCUAAUUCGUAAACCUUUACACAACUAUCAAACAAAACCUCCCAUUGUUUUGAGACUCAGUUUUUUCCUAUUCACUUUUCAGGUGUGUUUAUUUAACCCAAAGAGGUCAGUACAGAUUUUUUUCCAGAAUGAUUCAAGUCUGAGCUCAGAAACAGAGCCGGUGGUGCUCAGGAAGCUGGUGCAGAGAGAAGGUAUUUCCUGUACCAUAGAGAAGCACGUGUACCUUCUCCCUUUACACCACAUGGAGGAAUAAUCAAAUUGAGUAACAUAAAGAAAGUGACCCAUUCUUGCCUUCCCUGACCUCAGCAGAGUCUAGACAGUUUGUUCCAGUAAACUAUCAGAUGGUUAAUCUGCUAAUUUAUUCCUCACUGUUUCAAAUCUUAUUUUAACCUUAAUCACAACUUCAUAUUACUAGACUAAACACCAUAAUGAUGUGCACAUGCUCCCAGUGGUGAACCGUUACUGUUAGAGCUGGGACUUGAGCUCAGCCAAAACUUAGUCAGACACACCAAAAAAGCAACAGGGCAAAGGAUUUUGCAAGGGAUUAUUGGCAGGCUGCCAGGUCGCUUCGUUGUGUGUAGUCGUCGAUGUUGAUUUUAAAAGUAACUAAGUAAAUUACAUAGAAAAAUGAAUACUUAAGUCUGAGUGAAAAAUACUGUGGCAAGUGUGUGUGGAAGAAGAGUCUGGAGACAGACUCUUCUUGGUUUCUUGGUUGUUAGUCUGUGCUACUUGCUCUCAAUAGCACUGGCUUGACUGCUUUAUUAGCAUUCGCUAACACUACUGAUGAACACUACACCGACUGGAAGGUGACUUCACUGCUGCGCUGAUGACGCCGACUCGCAGUUAAGCUUGCGUUGACCUUUGAGUAGGCUGAGGGUGAUACAUUUUUGGUCCCUCUCACUAUAAAUCAAAAUCUGAUUGGUUAAUUCAUCUGUCACUUCUUACAUAAACAUACACGGCCAUGGCCUUCUGUCCUGGCAAUGAAGUCCUAACCAGUGAGUGAGUCAGCUCUAAAUUCUUCUCAGCCAGACAACAAACAAAAAAUCUCAUUGGAUGACUCAAGUUUAAUGUUUUCAGGACAGUAACCCUUUCAUUUCUGAAGCAAAUUUGAUAGAAAAUGAGGCCAAAUUAGAAUUAGAAGAGAAUAAUUAUAAUGAAAUUAUGAAAGAAAUUAAAGAAUUAAAUAAAUUAAAUCUAACAUUUGAAAUGCUGAUAUGUUUGAGCCUUCUCUGAAGGCCUAGAAGGCCCUGACGGUUCUCCUCUGCAUGCUUCUGUGCCUAUCUGUGUUCCCAGGGGUAAGGACCAAACCUUUCCUGUUUGGUUAUUCUCAGAAAUUCUGGUUGAAUCAAAAAGGAAAGUGAAUUUGCUGACAGCAUAAAGUCAGCAGCUUUGGUCUCUAUUCAGCUCUAUGCAGCUUAAGCCUGUCCAUCUGGAUGUGGUUUCUGGUUGCUGAACAGAGGGGAAAGAAGAACUAUAUUAAAUAAGUUCAUUGCUUGCAUGUGACUGUCAAUGACAUAUAUGCUUUAAAAAUGUUCCUCAAGGAUUCUUUGGAUAGUUAAGCAUUCUUCACUUCCUCUACCUGGAGCAAUCUCUGAAAAGAAAGAGAUGUAACAUUGUGGUCUAAUCCUUCUGUUUUUGACUUGUUUGAUAAAUCAAGUCGACAAAAGAACAGUUUGAUGGAGUUGUAGUCAUUUUAAAUGCCAUAUGUUGUGACAUUUGUUAAACAUUUUCAAAUAUCUAAAAACUAAAUAUAGAUUUAAAAAAAAUGUUUUUACAUUUUAUGGGUUUUAUUUGUUAUUUGCUCUGACUCACUGUAUAAAUGUUUCUCAUUAUAUAGUCAGUAGAAGCCUUGAAGCGCUAAUACUGGAAAGAGACAGAGAUACAGAAGUAACUAUGAAGUUUGUUAGAGAGAGAGAGAGAGAGAGAGAGUCAGUAUUCUUAGAAUCUCGCUGUUAUAAACAGCAGCCAGUGCUCAUCAUAACAGCCCCAUACUGACUCUAUAAACACACAUUCACAACAAACGAUUCCAGCUACCUCAAGGUGAACUGCUAAGUGUGUUUUUCUUUCCUCUUUAAAGCUCAAUCUGUCCCUCUUAGUUUUCUCAGGUGAACAAACCUCCUCCUAAACAUCUGUACGCUGAUUCGAGAUUACGACUCUCAUUUAAAAGAAUGUUUCCUCUUGGUGGUCUGAGGGCUGUGAAGUGAUGGAGCCAGUGUGCAGAGGAAACCUGCUAGCAGUGUGAGGCCCAGGCCACCCCAGGCGCUGAACAUGGACCAACCAUAGCCAUGACUGAUGUCCUCAGGCAGCCUGUACAGUUGGCGAGGAUAGCGUGACAGCUCAAAGUUAAUCCCAGCCACACAUGUGCAGAGGGAGAUGAUACAGCAGGUUCCUAAGAGAUCAGUCACAGAACACCGAGGGUGGCUUCAUCAUCCGAGAUGCUAUGGUACACCACCACACAUGUCUGUCUAUCAUCAGGCUGUCUAUCUCAGCAACACUGUCAAGUUUGGUGUCUCUGUAAAGCAUGUCAAGGAACGUAAGGUGGGGACGCCCACGUCCUUGCUGUCCAUGCUUCAGGUCCCAGAACAGCAGCUUGUGUACCAGUAGGUUGUCAUGUCAUCUUAUAUGGCCUGCGAGCUUCAUCCUCCUCUCUUGGAUUUUGGUGGUAGCUCUGGUGAUGCUGCUCGAUGUUUGGGAAUCAGGAUUGGAGAGAGAGCCAAUGCGGCGAGUGGAGACUGCUGAUGAAAACGCUCGCGAUUCGUUCGAGCAUCAGGACGUUCAGUGCACACAAAAACACCACGGUUCCCCCUGUCUGAAUUCAUCACCAUCAUUUGUGAGCUACAAUUUGUAACUGAAAUGACAUGACAGAAACCUGUUUUUAAUCAACUGACACGCCAGGAACAUUUUUUUUUCAUCCAUAUUUUGAUAAAAUUCUUUCCUACAGCUGACCUGAUUUCCUGCAGCAUCAUUCAAGCUACCAACCUUUUGUAGCUGAGCUCAGGAAUAAAUUGCACACAUGGCUUA